AUGCCACCAGCGCGAGAAAGCUCACAAUAUGCAGAUGACUUUGAUGAUUUCAAGCCUGCCUCAUUCAAACCUUCCAUGGUUACCAACCUUCCUUCUGGGCCUGUUGGAAUUGGACGACGAGAUCCAGCAGUAUCACCGAACGGAGUACUACACAAUACGACAUUUUCGGAUAUCCCAGUAUCAACCAGCCCGCGGAAAUCAGUUGAUCAUCCAUUCAACCACAAACCAUUAGGGAAUGAUGGAUUUGUUCACGAGAUGGCCACCAAACCUGGAUUUGAAAAGAUUCCACAUGGAGUCAAGACGAAGCCUGAGAGGCCAAGUUUCAUACAUCAGUCCAGCGCAUCCUCACUCUCAAAAAAGAACAAACCUGCAAGAAGGAAGAAAACAGCACAACCAUUGUCGGCAAACUUGGACGAGAUUGCUAAGCUAUUAUCAGAGUUGGAUUCAGCUCGAAUGGAAAUAUCCAAACUCAAGGAUGAGAAUCGGAAUCUCAAGAUUGAUAAUCGACGACAAGGAAAAGCUAUAAAGCAAUCUGACGCAGAGCAAAACGAUAUUCCACGAGUGAUUCAAACUUUGACCGAUGAAGUUCGACGAGCCAAGUUACAAGCUAAACAAUACCAUGACAAGCUUGCUGAGAUUGAAAAGACGUCUCAUCAUCAUGUGGAAGAAGCUAUCAAGAUGCAGGAGCGUGUGCAUAAACUGACGAGACUGUUGAAUGAGCGAGGGUUUGAGGACGCUGAACAUGUGUCAAGGACCAUGAAACAGCUCAAGGCUCGUGUUGAGGUAUUGGAGAAGGAGAACGAGGAGCUAGAACGAUACGUAAACCACUUCAAAACAAACAAGUCGCUAGAUCAACGCACAGUAGCAGGCCACAAAUCAAAGCUGGUUGCCGAACUAGAAGACCUGAAACUCGAGCAUGCCAAAUUGAUUACCAAGAUGGCUGAAAAGGAUCGCAUUCUGGCAUCUGCAUCAAUGUACACGAGACAUUCAAACGGCAAGGGGCUUGCUCACCCACCGAUAACAAACAAGUCUGUAAUGAGUGAUGUUGAGUCUACUGGUGACGCUGGAGAAUUAUCCUUCUUUGGUGGUGUUUCGCCAAACAAGAGCAAGGCUGUACCAACUGCGGCUGACCAAGAGAAGAGUGAUGCUACUGAGACUGUACAUAUGUCUCAUUCAACAAGCAAGUCAAUAGCACCUGAACCGAUUAUCAAGACACCAGAACCAAUAAAAAAGGAUCUCUCGAAACCAGCAAACGCAUUGGCCAAACCCAACUUUUCGUUAUCAAGCAACGAGACUGGUAUAACGCCAAGCAAGAGUGCUGGGUUUGAAAGCAAGCAAUCUGCUAGUUCGAAGCCCAGUCCGUACGUUGAGCCCGUGUCGCUACCACCCACUUCAACACAGCACGCUCAACCAUCAAGCUUCCUCAAACCUUCUCUGUUUGCAUCUCUGGAUACAAGCAAUACACCGACAGUAGCUCCAUCGCCUAUUCCAGAGAUUUCAUCGUCCCCGAGAAACAAGAUCGAACCAGUAUUCUUCAAGGAGGAAUCAUACGAACCAACAUCUACAGCACCAUCUAGCUUCUUUAAACCGACACCAAUAGGCAUAGCACCAUCCAAAACUCUAAACCCAGCACCUAUCGCGUUAUCAAUAAAACCAGCAGCCAUACAACCCGUGCAAGCAGUGGCGUCAUAUAGAGCAGACUAUGAAGAAGACGUCGAAGAGUUACAAGAAGAUUUCGUGUAG